AUGGCUGCUACUUGUCUGAAUGGGAAUCAAGGUUUUUAUCCGCUAGCCUUUGGAUUGGUCCCAGGAGAGGAUGUUGACAAUUGGGAUUGGUUUAUGUGCAAUCUUAGCAACAUUGUUGAUGACCGUCCUAUCACCUUUAUGUCUGAUCGUCAUGAAGGAUUGUUGAGGGCUAUUCCUAAACACUUUCCUACUUCCCAUCAUGGCUAUUGUUACUACCACUUGCAAGGAAACUUACCAAUCAGGAAAUCGGACGAGAAGUACAAAGAAGUUAUGGCUUGUUUCAAAAAAGCAACUUAUGCUCUCACACCAGCAAGAUAUGAAGAAGCACUAAUGGAAAUGGAGUUAAUGGGAAGGCCUGGGGUUGCUGAGUAUUGCCGCAAUAUGCCUAGGGAACAUUGGUCCAGCGCGUUCUUCACUGGCUGUAGAUUUGGUCAGACUACAUCAAGCGUUGCUGAGUCCUUCAAUAAUUGGAUUCGGAAAGACAAGAGGUUGCCUGCCUGCGCCCUCGUUGACAUGAUCAGGUUACGCGUUAUGGAGUUGAUGAAUGAACGUCGCGAAAUGAGUCUUUUGAUGGACCCAGAGAAGCUCACUCCUACCUACGAGGCGUUACUUAAAGAACAUAUUCAAAUUGGUCGAGUUUGGAAUGUUACUCAGUCAUCUGCGUAUGAGUAUGAGAUUCAUUCGCCUAGGUCUCACACUGUUGAUCUGCUGAACAAGACUUGCACCUGCCAAAGAUGGCGUGUUUAUGGUUUUCCAUGCUCUCAUGCUACAGCAGCUAUAUCUGCCAAGGGUGAUCGAUACGUAGAUUAUAUCGAAGACUACUUCAAAGUUACAAAUUUUCAGCAGCUGUAUUCAAUUGCUAUCAGACCAAUCCCCAACUACAACAGGCCAGAGCAGUAUCUGCCAGAGGAUACUAUUUUUCCACCCCAUCCACGAGUUCCACCAGGUAGGCCAAAGGGAAAUCGUAUCAAGAAUGCAUGGGAGAAAGCUAGGAAGUCCGUCCGUUGUUCCAACUGUAAGAAGAAAACUCACCACAACAAGGCAACGUGCACUGUCAUUCCUUCAUACCCAUGA